AUGGCGGAUGAGAGCGAGCAGCAACAGAGGCCACAUGUGGCUGCGAGGCCAAAGCCACGUCCUCGUCGCAGACGUGCGUUUAAGCCAAUGCCGGAGGAGACAGAGCAAGCACAACAGACCGACACCACGCAGCAGGCUGAUAGUGGGAACACUGCUGUUGUUGGCGAUGCCACCACCACCGUUUCAGAUCUAGAACAACCGGAAAAGCAGAAGCAAGAGCAUGAACCAGAAGAACCAGCAGCAGCAGAGCAAAACACGCGUGCGCAGGUUCAGCACGCCGACAGCGAGCCAGGGCCAGGUCAUGCUCAUGCGAAGGAGGGCGACUCUCAUGGUGAUGGACCAGAGGAUCGCGAGAUGAGCGAUCAAGAUGAGCAAGCAGAAGCAGAUGGGGAUGUUGAGGAAUCGCAAGCGGAGGCGGCACACGUGAGCGCACCACCAGGCAACCAACCUGACGAGCCGCGGCCGAUCCCUCCACCGCGCCGCAGACGACAGGACCGCACCUCCACCGCAGAAGCCAAGACCGAAUCCGGGGCUAUGCAACAGCCAGCUAGCGAUGGGACAGCACAGACAACUGCCACGCGACCAAAGCCCACCCCAAGGCCUCGAAACCGCAACAAGCUGCAGGGCCAAAGUAGCACGGGUUCGGAGGCCACCGCGGUGCCAGAGAGCCCAGAAGGGGCGCAACCUGUUGGCGGCCUCACUCGCGGUGAUGAUGUCGAGGGAAGAGCUGCAGGAGCAACACCCCCGAUGCAACCACGUCGACCUCCACCUCCGCAACCUUCAUCAUCCCCCGCCACAAAGCAGCGGCUGUCGUUUGCGAUCAACCGGCCGCAGCAGGACGCGGAUGAGCUGAUGCAGCAGCAGGCGGACGAAGACAGCAGUGACGACGAAGACGACAUGGACGCCGACGCCGCGCUUGAGGAGGAAGUUGACGAGGCCACAAAGAAGGAGCGAAAGCGGUACAAGUGUGUUGCUGAAAUGCUGAGCACCGAGGAAUCGUGA